AUGGCUAUCCAUCGGAGGCGGGGCAAGCGUAGCUCGACGAGCCCGGUAGGAUCUCCCCUUGGCCUCGAAGAGAUCCAAAGCGUGCCCAGCACAGGCGACGGAGCGCAGUACGACCUGUUCGUGGCACACGUACCGACGGUAAUGGGUGACGUCGCAGGCACCCUCCGCGCCGCCGAUGCGCUACAGUUUGGCACACGGAACGCUUUAAUUUCCCACAUCUCACGCAUAUCGUCUGUGCUUCUGUUAACAGGAUCGUCGAUGUCUAUCUUCGUGAGCCUGCCAAUAUGUACCUCGGACGAAACGGAGGCCAUGUCUCAUCGAGGGAGCAUAUUCAUGAAAUCUCUGGCGAUCUUCCAUCACGCCUUCGUGUUCUCCGUGACUAUCGCGAUACCGGUCCGCAUACCCCACUUUGGCCCGUACUCAGCCUGCUUCGAGGAGAUCGUCUUGGAGGUACCUUUCCUCUCUGUGGUGCUGCACGGCGGUUGGCAAUUUGGCAUUGCUGCGGCGGUUUUCAUUAUGAUCGCCGCCAUCAGUGACUCGAUCUCUCGCAUCGUUCUGAUGCGGUAUCCUCACCAUCUUCUGCAAUCAUGGGCCCCUUCCAGUCCAGUCCGAUUUUCUCUAUUCCUCUGA